AUGGAAACACUACCCACCAUUAAAUCACCAAAAAGUGAAGCUGUUACCCCUAAGUUGAGAGAUAUGCUGAACAUUGAUGUUGAUACUAAUAAUGUUGUUACUCAUCCUCCGAACUCAAUAAUUACCCUCGAUGCACUUCGUAAAUAUUUUAUGGUAUCCUUUGACCUCAAUCAACCUGCUGCUAAACUUGAUCAGGGUGAAAAUGAAAACUUUAUGGUUGUUGAAUCAUCAGCUCCUAAGGGAAAAGAAAAAAAAAAGCAGCAGCAUGAAGUUUAUGAAGAAGAAAGCAAUGAUGAGAAAUAUGAGGAUAUCAUCAAGUUCUGAGAAUGCUGAUAUG